AUGACGGCGUGCGGCGGAAGUGCACAGGCAAUGGUUGGAGCAGAGGCAGAAUCAGCCUCCCUCAUCACCAUCACCACCUCCUCCCCGCAGUACCAGCACCCCAAAGGCAUCCGCCUCGUCCUCCUCACUCUCGGCCUAAUGCUCAGCAUCCUCCUCGCCGCCCUUGACUUCUCCAUCAUCGCCACCGCCAUCCCCGCCAUCACCACGGAAUUCGGCUCCAUUGCGAACAUCGCGUGGUACGGGAGUGCGUACUCGGUUACCAACGGGGCAUUCAAGCUCGUCUGGGGAAAGGCGUAUCAGUACUUCCCGCUGAAGAGGGUGUUUAUGCUGUCCGUGGCAAUUUUUGAAGCCGGUAAUGUAAUCUGUGGCGCGUCGCGGAGCUCCGAGAUACUCAUUCUGGGGAGGGUUGUUGCGGGGCUCGGGGGCGGGGGUGUGAUGACGGGGAGCUUUAUUAUCAUUGCGAUUAGUGUGAGGGAUGAGUAUCGCGCGGCGUAUAUGGGGGUGGUGAGUGCGACUUUCGGAAUCAGCAGCGUUGCAGGGCCGUUGUUGGGUGGGGGACUGACGGACAGCGUGGGGUGGCGGUGGUGUUUCUGGAUCUCCCUCCCCAUCGGCGGCCUCGCCGUGAUCAUCAUGACACUAACCUUCCGCUCCCCCAUCGUCAUCCGGGACACCGCUCUCCGCGAUCGCAUCAUCGGCCUCGAUCUUGGCGGCGGCAUUCUUGUAACCUCUUUCCUUAGCUGCUUCGUCCUCGGCAUGCACUACUCGGGCUCGCACGCCUGGAGCUCGCCAAAGGUCUGGGGCUCCCUCGUCGGCUCCGCACUCAGCUUCCUAGCCUUCAUCUACAACGAGUAUAAGAUGCGCGACAAAGCUAUGAUCCACGCGCACCUCAUCAAGAAGCCAGACGUCUGCAUGAACUUGAUUUAUGCCUUCUUCUUGGCAGGGAUGUUUUUCCCGCUGCAGUACAUGCUGCCAGUGCAAUUUCAGUCUGUGGACGCGACCUCUGCUUCGGAAAGCGGCAUCCGACUCAUCCCGCUGAUCCUGGCCGUGUCCGUGUUCACGGCCUUUUCGAACGGCGCACUCACCUGGUGGCGCCACCACAAGCCGUUCCUCCUCGUCGGCGCGUUCCUCGCGACCGCGGGUACAGCGACGAUAUACUCCGUUAACAAACCAGGGACCACGCGCACGUGGAUUGGAUUCGAGUUGCUCACUGGCAUAGGCGUCGGGCUUUGCCUGCAGAUUCCGAUGAUCUACAACCAGUCACUCGUCUCACGGAACGACAUCCCAUCGGUAACAUCUUUGACGCUCUUCACCGAGAAUCUGGGUGCUUCGUUGUUCGUGGCUAGCUGCGAGGCCUCCUUCCAGCAGGGCCUUGUCGCGCAUUUGAAGGAGAGCCUGCCGAGCUUGGAUCCGCACGAUGUCAUCAAUGCAGGAGCGACGCAGAUCCGGAAUCUGUUCCACGGUGGCGAGCUGGAUGUAGUGCUGGGCAGUUAUUUGCACGGGUGUCGCAUUAGCCAUCUCAUUACGUUGAGCUGUGGAGUGAUGGCGUGCAUGGUGAGCGUCUGUGCUGCGGGGCCGACCGUGGUGCGCAUGGUCAUGGGGAAACUGGGGAAAAGCCAUGCGAUUUAGUUUGAGAGUUUGAUGUGAAGUAUAGAAGAGAAAGAUUGCAACCGCCAUGAAGAUACAAGCAUUAGUUCGCGAGGACGGAAGGCUUAUUCGUUGUUGGG